AUGCAAGGUUUAUCUUCUUCUCUAUCAUGUUCAAUUCCAUUUUCAUCAAAAUUCAAACCAGUAAAAGCCGCAUACGACACACAAACACAGCAUAGACUCCCUUACAACCCCAACGCUCCCAGAAAACUCACCAACAAAACUCAACCUCCUCCUCUCACCACAUCAUCACCGCCACCUUCUCCGCGCAAGGAACAGUACUUUUCCGAUCUUCUCAAACGCGACACUCCUCUUCCCACCUCAGCAAAUAUCGAAGAUGAUGAAACCGAUACCUAUUUAGGUUAUGAAAGAUGGCUUCCAACUCCACCUAAAGUCGUCAAGCCUCGUUCCGUGUUUAAUGCUACUUCCUUAGCAUAUAUCGGUGAUGGCAUUUAUGAGCUAUAUGCUCGUAGGCACUUUUUAUUUCCUCCCCUUAGUAUUGAAGAAUACAAUGAUCGUGUGACGGCUGUGGUCCGCUGUGAGGCUCAAGAUCAGUUGCUUCAGAAGCUUUUAAACAGUAACUUCUUAUCAGAUCAAGAGAGGGAUGUUCUUCGAUGGGGAAAGAACAUUGUUUCAAGCAAAACUAAGACAAAAAAGCGGGCUGGUUCAGCUGUAUAUAACAGGGCAUCUUCACUAGAAACAUUAGUUGGCUAUCUCUAUUUGACAAAUGUGAAUCGCUUGGAAAAGUUAAUGUUAGAAUUGGGAUUCUCAGUUGACUCUUCAAAGCCUUUGAAUUUGGAGGAACUAAUAUCAGGUGAGCUGAACAGUUGA